AUGGCGCCUCUCACCUACUCCAAGACCUCCAAGGUCCCCCGUCGCCCUUUCGAGGCCGCCCGUCUUGACUCCGAGUUGAAGCUCGUUGGCGAGUACGGUCUCCGCAACAAGCGUGAGGUCUGGCGUGUCCAGCUUACCCUCUCCAAGAUCCGUCGUGCUGCCCGUCAGCUCUUGACCCUUGACGAGAAGGACCCCAAGCGUCUCUUCGAGGGCAAUGCCCUCAUUCGCCGUCUCGUGCGCGUCGGUGUCCUCGACGAGUCCCGCAUGAAGCUCGAUUACGUCCUUGCCCUCAAGGUCGAGGAUUUCCUUGAGCGCCGCCUCCAGACCUGCGUCUACAAGCUCGGCCUUGCCAAGUCCAUCCACCACGCCCGUGUCCUCAUCCGCCAGAGACACAUUCGCGUCGGCAAGCAGAUCGUCAACGUCCCUUCGUUCAUCGUCCGUCUCGACUCCCAGAAGCACAUCGACUUCGCCCUUACCUCGCCCUUCGGUGGUGGCCGCCCUGGCCGUGUCCGCAGAAAGAAGGCCAAGGCUGCUGAGAAGGCCGAUGGCGGUGAUGACGAGGAGGAUGAGGAGUAA